CAGUGAGGGCAUUAGGACCAAGAAAAAAGACACACAGAGAGACACACACAGUGCUCUGUUAUGUCUGGCAAAGUGUGUACUUAUGUGUGAAACUGAGCCUGAGUAGUUUGCAUCAACUGAUCUUGAAGCAUCAGAGAGGGAAGAAAAAACUGUCAACUCUGCUUUCAACAGAAAGUCCUUUUCCUCUGCAUCUCUGACAACAUUUGGAAUUUAUUUCUACUGUUGCAGCCAACCCGUGGAGGAAAACCAUCAAGACAAUUUGGAGUUGUUUUUUUUCCCCCCUCUUUCAGAAUUAGAAGGAAAUCAGUUCAACUUUUAAGAUAUUUUUAAUGGACUUUUUGGCCGACUCGUCGCAUUUCCCCCCAAACAGAAACAAAACUGGAACUCUGUACAAUGACAAGAGAUCAUUCUUUUGCUGAGCGAAUCCAUCUAAUCUGUGAGGUCUCCUUCCCAAGUAAAUAUAGCCAUUUUAAGAGCUAGGAUUUUAUUCUCUUUGGAUGCAAGGAAAGGAAUGAAGCAUCAGCGGUAAUAUCCGAACCGGAUGGAAACCUGUUGGCUGGUCUCCCCCCAAGGGGUUGCAAUGAAACCAGUCAACUGCUCCACGAGGGAUGUGUGACUGGCUUUUAACAUGACAAUCUGUGUGACUUUGCUACUGAAACUAUGUACCCAAGGACAAGAUGCAGGUAUGGGCCACAGAAACUGCAGUUUCUCUUGCUGGUGCUGGUGCUGGCCUUUCUGCUGAUGAUGGUAACAAUGCUGAAUCCAUCCGUCAAAGAUCUGAAUAAGGAGAGGAUACCCCACCCUGCAAGGUUUGUCCCUAAAGAAGGUUACCGCGUGGAUUUUGGCGAAACUCAGAUCUUAGAUGCUCAGGAGGACAGCCAGCAGAAUUUGCCCCUGGAGGGGCUUUCGCCUUUCAUCUCCCUAAAGGAGGAUGAGCUCUUGGUGGCUGUAGAGUCACUCACAGCCAUGAGAAACCAUAGCAAAACUAGGAAAGGAUACCGAAUGGUCGGGCAGCAAAGCAGAAGGCAAGAGGAGAGCAAACAGGUGCGAGGACCCGAGUUCCUGCUGAAGUCUCUUCCUCUGCCGGGUGGAGAAAGGACUGAGGCAAGUGAGCUGGCAAUAGGUGGCCUGGAAACUUAUGGGUUUAAUGAAGCACUCAGCAAACAGAUCCCUCUGCACAGGGAGCUACCUGAGGUACGGCAUUCUUUGUGCUUGAAGCAAGAACCCAGCCUCAGUUGGCCUACAGCAAGUGUCAUUAUCUGCUUCCAUGAUGAAGCCUGGUCUACUCUCUUGAGAACAGUGCACAGUGUCUUGGAUACAGCCCCGAAGGACUUUCUCAAAGAAAUCAUCCUUGUAGAUGACCUAAGUGAGCAAGGAUUUCUGAAGUCAUCCCUGAGUGACUACAUCUCUAAGCUGGCAGGUGUGAAAUUGAUUCGGAGCAACAAAAGGCUGGGGGUCGCCCGAGGCCGCAUGCUUGGUGCUGCCCGAGCCACGGGGGACGUUGUGGUCUUCAUGGACUCACACUGCGAGUGUCACAGAGGUUGGCUGGAGCCUCUCUUGGACAGACUAGCAAGCGACAGAAGACGGAUUGUCUCUCCUGUCAUCGAUGUCAUUGACUGGAAGACCUUUGAGUAUUAUCUCUCUGCGGGCCUGCAAAGAGGUGUUUUUGACUGGAAAUUAGAUUUCCACUGGAAGCCACUGCCAGAACACGAAAAGAAGGUACGACAGUCUCCCAUCAGUCCCAUCAGGAGUCCAGCAAUACCCGGAAUAGUAGUAGCAGUGGACCGACAUUAUUUCCAAAAUACAGGGGGUUAUGAUUCUGACAUGACCCCAUGGGGAGCUGAAAAUCUUGAGUUAUCUAUAAAGGCCUGGCUCUGUGGUGGCUCUGUAGAAAUCCUUCCAUGCUCCCGGGUGGGACAUGUCUAUCGAACAGGCAUACCAUACAACUUUCCUGCUGAAGAAGCUGUAGAGAGGAACAAAAUCCGGAUAGCUGAGACCUGGCUAGGUUCAUUUAAAGAUCUCUUUUACCAACAGAACAAAAUGGCACGCUUCAUUAAGAAGACUGAAAAGCUGAACUGUACAGAGCGUGUUCUACUGCAAAAGAGACUGGGAUGCAAAAGUUUCCAGUGGUUUAUCUCAGAUGUGUAUCCUGAACUAUACCCACUACAACAUCGACCAAGAUUUUCAGGCAAGCUGUACAACACUGGGGUUGGACUCUGUGCAGAGUACAGAUCUCAACAGGAUGCUGGUGGUGGCUGUCUUGUGCUGUCACCUUGUAGUGACAAUAUCAACCAGCACGUUGAAUACAAUGGCAUGAAGGAAAUCUCUUUUGGUUCCAUGCCCCAGCUUUGCUUUGAUGUUGAGUGUGGAAAAGUUGUCCUUCAAAACUGUAUGAAAAAGAUGGAAAACAGCUCACAGCACUGGGAUAUGAAAGAGAAUGGAAUGAUUGUCCAUAUUCUUUCCGGUAAGUGCAUUGGGGCCAUGAAGACAGACUUUUGUCUACAGAAAUGUAACAAGGAGGCCAAUCUGAUGUGGCAAUUUGAUCAUUCAUACCAUGUUGAUGAGAGAUGACUAUGAGACCUCCCUGGACCCCAUUAUUGUUUCAUCCAUUGAUUCCAAGGUGCAGAAAAGGGAGCCGAGUAUGUUUUCUUGGAACAAAAAAUGGAGAAGAUAGCAGGUGCCUAAGUCAUGCAUUCCCACCAAAAAUUUACCAUAGUGUUUUGGUAUAACAGUGAAUGCUGGUUGAUUCCAGGAAAUAGGAGAUACAGAAGAGAUGAAAUGACUUUUGUUCAUGCUGCUUUCAAGGUCGCACAGAAUGCUUCACAGGGCAAUAUGGAAAGGUAUCAUAAAGACCAGCUACACAGAUGCAAGAUAC